AUGGGUACUGUAGGUUCAUCAUUUUUAUCUGCGUCAGAAUCGACAAUCAAUGACACAAUCCAUGUGCAUAAUAGCAAUUUAUCAACAUUAAAUUAUGAAUGUCAAAAAGACACAAUGCCAGUUAUAGUUGAUGUUACAAGUAUGGAUUCAUCACAGCCAGAAAAACCUUAUAAAUUUCGACGUACUUCAGCUGUAAAUUAUGGUCCUAUACUUGUAAGAAAACGUCAUUUGGCUGCUCCAACAUUAGCUACUGGACGUCGUUCAAAAGAUGCACUAAUGGAAGGUGAAGAAGCCAUGAAACGUGAAAUACGACGUAUGAAAAAUCGUGAAUCAGCAAGAAAUUUGAAAAAAAUUCGAGAUAAUAUUGAAAAUGAAUUAAAAACUCAAGUCCAAGAAUUAGAAACGAAACAUAAGGAUUUAUUAAUGCAAAUCGAAAGUCUUCAUAAAUAUAAACAAGAUCUUGAAGGAAAAUUUCAACAAUCAAAUUCACUAUAUGAAUUCAUUGGUCGAACAACAUCAACUACGUUAUUAGAUGUUGAACAAAACAACCAACAAAUACUAUCACCAAUUCAUUAUUAUUCUAAGGAAUCACAAGAAGAACAAAGUCCUCCAUCACCACAAUGGCAAUUAUUAUUUAGUAUAUGA